UUGUUAAGUUUUUCUCUGAACCAGGGAAGGAUGAAGCUUUUAAUCUUGGCAGCGCUGGUUGGGCUGAGCCUUGCUCAGUUUGACCCUAACACCAAAAACGGAAGGUCCGCCAUCGUCCACCUGUUUGAAUGGCGCUGGGCUGAUAUUGCGGCAGAAUGUGAGCGUUACCUCGGACCUAAUGGCUUCGGUGGAGUUCAGAUCUCCCCUCCAAGUGAGAGCAUUGUCGUCACCAACCCCUGGCACCCAUGGUGGCAGAGAUAUCAGCCAAUUGGGUACAAUCUGUGCUCCAGAUCCGGAAAUGAAAAUGAGCUGAGAGAUAUGAUCACCAGAUGCAACAAUGUUGGGGUGAACAUUUAUGUUGAUGCUGUCAUCAACCACAUGUGCGGAGCUGGUGGUGGAUCUGGUACCCACUCAAGCUGUGGUUCAUAUUUCAAUGCCAACAACAAGGACUUUCCCACCGUUCCAUACUCAAACUUGGACUUCAAUGAUGGCAAAUGCAACACUGGCAGCGGAAACAUUGAGAACUACCAGGAUGUCAAUCAAGUGAGGAACUGUCGUCUAGUUGGUCUGCUGGACUUGGCUUUGGAGAAGGACUAUGUGCGUGGUAAGGUGGCCGACUACAUGAACAAGCUGAUUGACAUGGGAGUUGCUGGAUUCAGAGUGGACGCCUGCAAGCACAUGUGGCCUGGUGAUCUGUCUGCUGUUUACGGCAGGCUCCACAAUCUCAACACUAAAUGGUUCCCCUCUGGCGCCAAACCUUUCAUCUUCCAAGAGGUUAUUGAUCUUGGUGGGGAGCCCAUCACAUCAAGCGAAUACCAUGGAAUUGGAAGGGUGACUGAGUUCAAGUAUGGUGCCAAGCUGGGCAAUAUCAUCCGCAAAUGGAAUGGAGAAAAACUCUCCUACGUCAAGAAUUGGGGUGAAGGCUGGGGCUUCAUGCCUUCUGGUAAAGCUCUGGUGUUUGUUGACAACCAUGAUAACCAGAGAGGACAUGGUGCUGGAGGAGCAUCUAUCGUGACAUUCUGGGAUGCCAGACUUUACAAAAUGGCUGUAGGCUUUAUGUUGGCUCAUCCAUAUGGAUUUACCAGAGUGAUGUCCAGCUACCGGUGGGAUCGCAACAUCGUUAAUGGACAGGACCAAAAUGACUGGAUCGGGCCUCCCAGCAAUGGUGAUGGAUCCACCAAACCCGUUCCCAUCAACCCUGACUCUACCUGUGGAGACAACUGGGUUUGUGAGCACAGAUGGCGUCAGAUCAAAAACAUGGUGAUCUUCCGUAACGUUGUAAAUGGUCAGCCAUUUUCCAAUUGGUGGGACAAUGGAAGCAACCAAAUCGCCUUCAGCCGUGGAAAUCGAGGGUUCAUUGUCAUCAACAAUGAUGACUGGGAGCUGAACGUGAGCCUGAGCACUGGCCUGCCUGGAGGAACCUACUGUGAUGUGAUCUCUGGUCAGAAGGAAAACGGAAGAUGUACUGGGAAACAGGUGAAUGUUGGAGGAGAUGGAAAAGCUUCCUUCAGAAUCAGCAACCAGGAGGAAGACCCAUUCAUGGCCAUUCACGCAGACUCCAAACUUUAAUUAAUGCUUAUUUAAAUAAACAAGAAGCAUGCAA